UAAGGGUCAGGGCUCCAGCAGACCCUGAAAGCGUGGAGCCAUCCAGACCCCCGAAGUGAAAAGAAGAGGCAAGGGAAAGGGAGGGACGGAAUCGGGGAGAAGGCUAGGAGGAGGAGCUGCCCAUCAGACAGCCGUUCCCCCCACAGAGCAGGCUCAGUUCCAGCUCCAAGAGCUACUCAGCUACAGAGACAGUGGCAGCCCCACUGCUCAGGCAAAGGCCAGCAGGCAGACAGACAGACAGUCAGACAGACAAAUAGGCGGACAGACAGAGUUUCUGGGACUGGAAGUCCUCAGCUCCUGGCCACUCAGCCUGGCCCAGCCCCAUGGCCUUCAGUGACCUCCUGAAGCAGGUGGGGGGUGUCGGCCGCUUCCAGCUGAUCCAGGUCACCCUGGUGGUCCUCCCCUUGCUGCUCAUGGCCUCCCACAACACCCUGCAGAACUUUACUGCCGCCAUCCCCACUCACCACUGCCGCCCACCUGCCAAUGCCAGCCUCAGCAAAGAUGGGGACCUGGAGGCCUGGCUGCCCCGGGACGGAAGGGGUCAGCCAGAAUCCUGUCUCCGCUUCAUCUCCCCUCAGCGGGAACCACCUUUUUCCAAUGGCACAGAAGUCAACGCCACCAGGGCCACUGAGCCCUGCAUUGAUGGCUGGAUCUACGACAACAGCACCUUUCCCUCCACCAUCGUGACUGAGUGGGACCUCGUGUGUUCCCACCGGGCUCUCCGCCAGCUGGCCCAGUCCCUGUACAUGGUGGGAGUGCUGCUAGGAGCCAUGAUGUUCGGCUACCUGGCAGACAGGUUAGGCCGUCGGAAGGUGUUGAUCUUGAACUACCUGCAGACUGCUGUGUCGGGGAUCUGUGCGGCCUUCGCACCCAACUUUGCUGUCUACUGUACCUUCCGGCUCCUCACGGGCAUGUCUCUGGCUAGCAUUGCCAUCAACACCAUGACUCUGAAUGUCGAGUGGAUGCCCAUCCACACACGUGCCUAUGUGGGCACCUUGAUUGGCUAUGCCUAUAGCCUGGGCCAGUUCGUCCUCGCCGGUAUAGCCUACGCUGUGCCUCACUGGCGCCACCUGCAGUUGCUGGCCUCCGCGCCUUUUUUUGUCGCCUUCAUCUACUCCUGGUUCUUCAUCGAGUCUGCCCGCUGGUACUCCACAUCAGGGAGGCUGGAUCUCACCCUUCAGGCCCUACAAAAAGUGGCCCGGAUUAAUGGGAAGCGGGAAGAGGGGGCCAAGCUGAGUAUGGAGGUGCUCCGGACCAGCCUGCAGAAGGAACUGACCAUCAGCAAAGGCCAGGCCUCGGCCAUGGAGCUGCUGCGGUGCCCAGCCCUCCGCCACUUAUUCCUCUGCCUCUCUGCACUGUGGUUUGCCACGAGCUUUGCCUACUACGGUCUGGUCAUGGACCUGCAGGGCUUUGGGGUCAGCAUCUACCUCAUCCAGGUGAUCUUUGGUGCUGUGGACCUGCCUGCCAAGCUUGUGUGCUUCCUGGUCAUCAACUCCCUGGGUCGUCGGCCUGCGCAGAUGGCCUCGCUGCUGUUGGCGGGCAUCUGCAUCCUGGUGAAUGGAGUGAUCCCCCGGGACCAGACAGUUGUUCGCACCUCCCUGGCUGUGUUGGGAAAGGGCUGCCUAGCUGCCUCUUUCAAUUGCAUCUUCCUGUACACGGGGGAGCUGUACCCCACAGUAAUUCGGCAGACAGGAUUGGGGAUGGGCAGCACCAUUGCCCGGGUGGGCAGCAUCAUAAGCCCACUGGUGAGCCUGACCUCCGAGUUCUACCCCUCCAUGCCUCUCUUCAUCUACGGCGCUGUCCCUGUGGUCGCCAGUGCUGUCACUGCCCUCCUGCCAGAGACCCUGGGCCAGCCGCUGCCAGACACAGUGCAGAACCUGGAAAGCAGGAGGAGAGGGAAACUGAGUCAACAGCAGCAAGAGCAGCAGAAGCAGAUGGUCCCUCUCCAGACACAAGAGAAGAAUGGACUCUGAGGACAGAAGGGCCCUUAUAGAGCCCCAAAUGGAGUGGGGGUCCUCCUGCUACCCCACAAGAACAGGGGGGUCUAAAGAGUGACAGCCCUUGUGGAGGCUGUGGUUCAGGGAAUCCCCCUUUCUAAAUAGACCCAAGAACAAUCAUUAAAAGGUCUAACUGUG